AUGUCUCGUCAUGUACAGUAAUGUGUAUGAGGUAAAUAUCACAUCUAACAAUAACAUAAAAACUAAGAAGCAAGCAUGUCAUAUUGACACAAACUAUUUGGGGCGUCAGUUGUGACAGCUUUCAUUGAAUUGUAGCCUACUUCUGUAGUCUCUCGUCAACUGAAAUGUUGGCUAGCGGAGGCAGAUGAGUGUACCAGCGCUAAGCCAAUGGGCAUAGCCGAGGGGGCGGUAUAUAUGGUAAUUUACAAAUGGGCUGCAGCCAGCUGUUGCUGCCAGAGAUGUGCGCGCGGUUGGAAGGAGCGCUCCUGAAUCAUCAUCCUCGAGCAUCAAGUGGACACCUCGAGCCACGGCACUGCGUAUUCUAUUCACUUCAACGAGGACGAAGAGCUCUUGAAUAAUUUUGAGACAGGAAACAAACUAGUAAUAUACUCUGCUGUCGUAUUUCUCAGUAAAUACCGGGUCAAACGCAGAGCCUACAGUAAAGAAAAAGGGAAAAACGUGACACUGGAGAAACAUCAAAGAAUAGUGUAAAGCCACCUGUCAGACUGCGAUCACAAUGGGAAGGAAAAAAAUACAAAUCUCUCGUAUCCUGGACCAGCGGAAUAGACAGGUGACGUUCACCAAGCGUAAGUUUGGCCUGAUGAAGAAGGCUUAUGAGCUGAGUGUGUUGUGUGACUGUGAGAUUGCCCUCAUCAUCUUCAACAGCACCAACCGUCUGUUCCAGUACGCCAGCACUGACAUGGACAAGGUCCUACUCAAGUACACAGAGUACAGCGAGCCUCACGAGAGUAGGACCAACACAGACAUAAUGGAGACUCUGCGGAGGAAAGGCCUAGGUCUGGACGGGACAGAGCUGCUGGACACUGAGGAGCCCAUGCAGGUGGCAGCAGAGAAGUUCGGUCCACUAAGCGAGGGCAUGGACCUCUCCCUGGCCCGCCAGCGCUACUACGCCCCCUCCCUGCUCUCACCCGAGGCCCAGUUCCUGGUGACUGCUGGCUGUGAGAAUGGAUACCCCAACUCGUCCAACCCCAGCCUGAGCUCCCACAGAUCCCCUGCCUUCAAGCCCCUGGGCCAUAGACCAGGCUCAGCCAGCCCUGCAGGGCCCCACAGCCACGCUGCCUUCAUGUCUCCACACUCAGGUAUUGGCUACUCCAUGUUCUCCCAUAGCAACCUGAGCCGGGCCUUGGAGAUGAAGACUCCUCCCCCUUUGAACCUGGGCAAUGACAACCGGCGGGCAGAGAGCCACCCUGGUAUGGGCGGCAUUCGCGCCAACCUCAACAGUGCUAGAGGCAUACUGUACCAGGGCAUGCACCCAGGGAACCACAUGCUGACCAUGGGGAAGGCAGGUCUGCUGGGCCACAGUCUUGGGGGCUACGGCCUCUCUGCUGGACCAUCUGACUACAGCCACCCAGGUUUCUCCCAUGCUGUGAGUCUACAGCGUGGUACAGUGAACCCGUGGCAGACAGCACAACAGCAGGAGCAACAUGUACCCCACCUCAGCCCAACGAUGUCCAGCGGAGGGUGCUCUUUCCCCUCUCAGGCCUCCACCCCCACCACUCCUCCUCACCCCUCCCUCAACCUCAGCAUCAAAUCAGAGCGAGCCUCCCCAGAGCGCAUCUGCUCUGCGACCUCUCCACCGCUCCACCAUCUGAGGCAGCACUCUCCAAUGAGCACCCCCGAUUCUGCUCGCCACACCCCCCAGGAACCUUACCCAGCCAAUGAGAAAGAGGAAUUCCCCAAAGGAGAUUUUCCCUACCCGGCUCAGCAAGGGGCAGAGGAGAAAGGGGGGCUGCCCCUGAGGCAAUUAGAAAUUAGCGAUGGGUGGCAGAGAUAGCUGGCAGCGACUACCACACACCACCCACCCUCCUUCAAGCCAAGCCAAGCCUGCCACAUGGUUGCCCACUCACAGAGAGAGGAGGAUGGGGAGAUGAGGUUCAUUCAUUCACAUCAUCCCAGAGGAAAGAAAGACCCCCCUUAGAGCUGGGCUGGACUCUCCCUUGUGGGUGAUGAACAUGUGUCACUGCCUCUCUGAUCCUGAUCCUGAUAUAUAGUCUGGGUGUGUUGUUGUUGGGUUUUGUUGGUUUGUCUGUGUGUUGGGGUCAGAGGGUAUGUCAAACCACACAUCAGUGUGGUUCUCUCAUCCUGUUUGAGCUACGGAGCAGAGGGUGAGGGAAUAUGAGUCAUUAGGCCAUGUUCUUAGAGCACCGUGUUUCAGAGUAGUACUUUACAUUCAGGUCCCCAGUUACAGUGCCUUCGUAAAGUAUUCAGACCCCUUGACUUUUUCCACAUUUUGUUAGAUUACAGUCUUAUUCUAAAAUUGAUUAAAUUGUUUUUUUUUUCAUCAAUCUACACACAAUACCCCAUAAUGACAAAGCAAAAACAGGUUUUUAGACAUUUUUAACAUAA